AUGGUAUCGCAUGCCGUUGCCGCGCCCAGGGUCACUGCUGCCUUGACAGGCCCCGAACCACACUCAGAUUACUCUGCCACUCGAAUUUGUGUCCUCAAGUCCCAGAUAUCACCAUGUGUUACCAAUUGGUUGAGCUGUACUCGGCAUGCCGUUGCCUCUACUACCAGCACGCUGUCGACCGAUGCGCCGGCUAUGGACGCCCCGGCCACAGCAUCCAGCAGCGGACGAUAUUUGUUGGUUACGCUUGUAGUGCGCAUACGCAGAGCGCUCGGCAGCAGUCCUCGCCGUACACAUACUCCGACUCGGGCUACCACAGCAGCCGAUCAUCUCGAAGCUCCCACCACUACCGAUGAAAAGUACUGUCUUUGGUGA